CCCUUUCUUCAUCCCCAAACAGCACAAACCCUACCCAUCCUCCUCCUCCCUCCUUUGCUCUCUGUUCGUCUCUCUCUGUAAUGGCACGUACAAAGCAAACAGCAAGGAAAUCAACCGGCGGCAAGGCGCCGAGGAAGCAGCUGGCGACGAAGGCCGCACGGAAGUCCGCUCCGGCGACAGGUGGAGUGAAGAAGCCGCACAGGUUCAGGCCCGGGACGGUGGCGUUGAGGGAGAUCAGGAAGUACCAGAAGAGCACGGAGCUGUUGAUCCGGAAGCUGCCGUUCCAGCGGCUGGUCCGAGAGAUCGCUCAGGACUUCAAGACCGAUCUCCGCUUCCAGAGCAGCGCCGUCGCCGCCCUCCAGGAGGCGGCGGAGGCGUACUUGGUCGGGCUUUUUGAGGACACGAACUUGUGCGCGAUUCAUGCCAAGAGAGUCACGAUUAUGCCCAAGGAUAUUCAGCUUGCCAGGAGGAUUCGAGGCGAGAGGGCUUGAUUUCUGGAUUCUUUUAGCAUCUUGGAGAUUUGGACUCUUUUUUUUUUUUUUCUAGGGCUUUCGUUGUAAGAUCUAGAAAAUAUCAGAACUGAAAAAUGUUGCAUAAUUUUCUAUCUACUAUAUGUCUAUAGAUAUUAUGGAGUAUCUAUCUUUGGCUGUUGCAUCCCAUUCGGUUCUCCCUUCCAUUUAGUUUUUGUAAGAUUGGGUGAAUGUUUCAGCCACACAGCUUAAUUGAGAUGAUAUUAA